AUGCCGACGCUCGCGGGAAUUUCAUUGAUGUUUUUACUCUACUUGGCCAAGGAAAGCGUCCUGAGUAUCGAGGCCCAUCGCUACGUGAAUUUUUUACUAGCCGUACACGAUUAUUACCAAUCUUCGGGUAUUCUUCUCUUGCACGCUGACAAAUUUUCCGACAGAUUUCAUGGGGAAAGGUCGAUCGGUCAAUACUUGAGGCAAUUUUCCGACAACGGCACCAUGUCCCAAAGUCUCGUCUACUCUCAACUCGACGGCUCGUCGUCGAACUCGGAUCGACUGUUGUCGCGUCGCAGCCUCUACGUGGUGUUUCUGCCGAGCGUCGAGAGCUUCGCGGACUUUUCGCGCCUCACCGAGACCCAAGACAUGUCCUGUCACACUUGGCUCGUCGUGUUCAGCGGCCAAGGGGCGAACGACGAGUGCCUCGACGGGCCCCGGGGCAACCCCUUCAAUCUGGUCUUCGACACGAGGAUGAUGGUCGUCUGCCACGGCUCGUCCGUCGUCCAGAAGUGGUACUCGCUGUCCAGGACGAGGAACCGAACGAGGAGGCUCGAGGUCGCCAACUGGAUCGAUUCGCCGGCGCGGCUCAGCUUCAAGGACGACAGCGACUACUACGACUAUCGUUACAAUUUGGCAGGCAGCACCAUCAGAAUAGCCACGCCCACGCGCCAAUCGCGAUCGGCGAACGGCAAAAUGAGCGGCUACCUGGAGAGCGUGCUGCGCGAGCUGAGCGGCCUCAUGUCCUUCCGCGUCGAGCACUCGAUCGAGGAGGACGCCGUGGGAAUUUGGGAUAGUCGGAGCCGCAGCUGGUCGGGUAUAAUGGGCCACCUGACGCGCGGCCAGGUCGACUUGGGGCUCGCGGCCGUCACCGUAUCCAAGUUUCGCUUGGACUACGUCGACUUUACCAGGCCGCUGCUGCUCUCGGCCAACAGGAUCUACCUGAGACAGCCGGCGGCUUAUCGCGUGCCCUGGUCGGCUUACUUUCGAGCGUUCUCCGUGAAGUCUUGGAUAGCUAUCGUACUGGUCUUGUUGGCGGCGUCGAUCGUUUCGGCCUUGGUCGGGUUCAUCCUCGACCGAGACAAUGGCGCAUCGCGACCGCUCAACUUUUCCCUUAGUUACGCCUUGGACAACUUCAUCCGCAUCUGGGGAAUCUAUUGCCAGCAGGGCCUCUCGGAAUUCCCCAUGGCGACUCCGUUGCGCUUCGCUUACUUCUCCACCUUGCUCUUGACGGUGAUAAUUUGGGCCGUAUUUUCGGCAUCUAUAACUAGUUUUCUCACCAUUCUUGAGCCGUCUUUGUCAUUCUCGGACGUCGACGGUUUCGUUAGAGAUGGCUCGUACCAACUGAUCGUUGUUCAGAACAGCAGCGACCAAUACAGCAUCGUGAAUGGAGUCGAUCCGAUUUUAUUAAAAUUACGCCCCUUCCUCAAAGACCCCGACGAUUUACCAUCGAAUGCCUUUGCGGGCUUUCAACAGGUGUGCGAUGGAAAAAUUGGAUUCUACUCGAGUAGCGCCGCAUUGAAGGGUGUCAGCGCUUACAUACCCUGCGCUUUGUCCUACAUCGAAACAGGCCAGUCCGAGUGCUUGGCGAUUGCUCUGCCGAAACGAAGUCCAUACGUUACGUCCAUGAAUUAUUAUUUGCGGAAGCUGGAGGACAGCGGCGUGCUUAAAAAAUUGGCCCACUCCUUUUUCGUAGAGAACGCGGAAUUAUCGUUUCCCAGUCACUCCCCGAUUGGAAUACGAGGAAUCGCACCGCUGCUGACCAUUUACACGACGGGAGUUUGUUUGGCCUUCGCCGUGCUCACUGCCGAGCGGCUGCAUCGCCUCUUCGUGUUGAAACUGAACGAAAGACAUGGGAAGAUUUGAGCAAUAAAAUGGAAUCAGAAAUUUUUAUCGCAGUCGAAAAAUAAAGCAGAAUGCUUUAAGAGACAAGAUAAAAUUUUUAAUAUAUUUCGAUUUUAUUUUCACAAGGUACAUGACCUGGCAAUGUUUACAAUAUUUUUAUUUAUAAUCAACUUAAUUAAUUCUUCAAAUAUCCAUUUUUCAACUCAUUCAUAGUAUGCCACUCUGCUGUGUAAUUAUUCUUUUUUUUUUAUAUUUAUUUAUUAUAAUCGUCAAAUUCAACUGCAUUGGCGCAAAUAUUUCAUCAUUUUUUUUUCAUUAUAGAUACAUUAUUUAUAUAUGAAUAAUAUCAUACUUUCAAUGGAGUCAACAACAUAUAUAUAUUUAUUUAUUUACUUGAUAAUAUAUGUAUUAUGUAUACAUAAGUGCCAUUUUAUGUUCAUCAUUAUACCUUUUAACCGCU